CGGGUCAGGGCGCGCAGACACGAGCCGCAGCGCAGAGUGAGAGGAGGCGGAGUCGCACCGUCGGACACUAAUGGGCUUUCGGAACCACAGCUAAAACCAAACCCGCGGCCUCAGCUCUCAGAUCUCACCUCACAUCGUACAGCGGUCAGAAGUCAUGGCGUCCAUUCCAUCCAGCGGAUCUCUGAUCGCCACCCAUGACUACUACAGACGUCGACUCGGGUCGGCGUCCAGCAACAGCUCGUGUGGCAGCGCCGAGUUCAGUGGCGAGGUGAUCCCCCACCACCCAGGUCUGCCGAGGCAGGACUCGGGCCACUGGUGGACCUCCUUCUUCUUCGCCAAACAGAACCAGGCUGGCACUCCGGGGGGACCAGACAACCUGAAGAACCAGACGUACACAGUGACCAACGGUCAGGUGACCAACGGUCAGGUGACCUGCAUUGCCAGGGAGAUGGUCAUGAACCGACGACUCAGCGAGAGCAGUGACGUGGGGAAAUUCGAACCAUCGACCUCCCCGCUGACGACCACGGCGAGCCCCUCCUCCUAGACUUGAGGGGUCCGGCCGCCAUCUUGAAGGCUCAGCAGCGUUCCGUUUGUUUGUAGUUAGCUCUUUUGACCAAAAUUGUAAACAUGUUGUAAAAAGUAUUUUUUCACUGUAUAAUGUUAAUAAACUUCAGACUCUUA